GUGAGACAGAUGGAGAGAGGAAUGAGAAGUGAAAGAUUCCUGAGGAGAAAACACGAGUGAAAGCGAGAAAGUGAGAGUGAGACUGAGGGAGGAGAGAAAUAAAAUAAAGAGGAAAGAGAGAGAGAGAGAGAGAGAGAUAGAGAGAGAGAGAGAGAGAGAGAGAGGAGUGGAUGAUAGAGAGCGCGAGACUCAGAGCGCGCGGGAGGGAGAAAGAUGGCCACUAUCACGGCGGAGAAUGGCUUCAGCACCGCGAACAGCUCCGGCAGAAUGAACGGACUCAACAGCGCGAUCCCCAUGAAAGAUCACGACGCCAUCAAGCUGUUCAUCGGUCAGAUCCCUCGCAACCUGGAGGAGAAAGACCUCAAGCCGCUCUUCGAGGAAUUCGGCAAGAUCUACGAGCUGACUGUGCUCAAAGACCGAUUCACCGGGAUGCAUAAAGGAUGUGCCUUUCUAACGUACUGUGCCAGAGAGUCAGCACUGAAGGCCCAGAGCGCUCUCCAUGAACAAAAGACUCUACCUGGGAUGAACCGACCCAUCCAGGUGAAACCGGCUGACAGUGAAGGACGAGGAGAAGACCGAAAGCUGUUUGUGGGGAUGCUGGGUAAACAGCAGAGCGAGGAGGAUGUCCGGCAGGUGUUUGAGUCAUUUGGUCAUAUAGAGGAGUGCACCGUCCUCCGGGGGCCUGAUGGGGCCAGUAAGGGCUGUGCUUUUGUAAAGUUUUCCAGUCAUGCAGGAGCUCAGGCUGCUAUUAACAGUCUCCAUGGAGGCCAGACCAUGCCAGGAGCUUCCUCUAGUCUGGUGGUGAAGUUUGCAGAUACCGAUAAGGAAAGGACUCUCCGCAGGAUGCAUCAGAUGGCUGGUCAGCUUGGGAUCUUUAGUCCCAUGACUAUACAGUUUGGAGCUUAUGGAGCAUAUACACCCGCUAUAAUGCAGCAGCAGCAGGCAGCGCUCAUGGCAGCGACGCAGGGCUCGUAUCUCAACCCAAUGGCUGCCAUCGCAGCCGCUCAAAUGCAGCAGAUGGCAGCUUUCAACAUCAACGGCCUGGUGGCUGCACCUAUGACACCCUCUUCAGGUACCAGUUCACCACCAGGCAUCAGUGCCACAGCAGUGCCCAGCAUCACAGCUCCCAUCAGUGUGAAUGGAUUCAGUGCUCUCGCUCCACAGACCAACGGACAGCCCACCACUGAACCCAUUUACACCAACGGGAUCCAUCCAUACCCUGCACAGAGCCCAACGGUGACGGACCCCCUCCAGCAAGCGUACGCCGGUGUGCAGCACUACGCAGCAGCCUAUCCUGCUGCGUACGCACCAAUUAACCAAGCGUUUCCCCAGCAACCAGCCAUCAUCCCCCAGCAACAGCGAGAAGGACCGGAGGGUUGUAACCUGUUUAUUUACCAUCUGCCACAAGAGUUUGGCGAUGCAGAGCUCAUGCAGAUGUUCCUGCCCUUUGGAAACGUCAUUUCCGCCAAAGUCUUUGUGGACCGGGCCACCAAUCAGAGCAAGUGUUUCGGAUUUGUAAGCUUUGAUAACCCAUCCAGUGCUCAGGCAGCAAUUCAGGCCAUGAAUGGUUUUCAGAUCGGCAUGAAGAGACUCAAAGUUCAGCUCAAGCGGCCAAAGGACGCCAACCGUCCGUACUGACCCUGAACUGACUGCUACAACGUCCACUCACAGGAUGAAGGACGUACAACUCCUUAUUUCCACAAGUGCAGUAUCAAAAACUUUUGCUCUGCUACAUAUCACAGGAGGCAAGCGACAGUCCCUUAAUUCUGUGGGAAAAUAACAGAGUGGGAAAAAAUGGAACAAGGAUUUUUUUUUUUUUUUCGCUUUUUUGCUUCGGCAACUUUUUUGCUGCUUUUUUUUUUGUUUUGUUUUUUUGACAAGAUUGGAAAAAAAAAAAACCUAUAUGAACACAUUAUGCUCAAAGCAUGCAUAAACAGAUAAAUACAAAUACACACACGCAAACAUUUGCAAAGGCAUUCAGAAUAUUCUUGCCUUUACACGCACUAUACACAUCAAAAUGCACACCGGAAACAAAAGUACUUUGAACUCAUGUAAAUUGAUUAUCUCUCUAUACACACACAAACACACACACCAGCCUGCUGCCAUUUUGGUUUUUGUGCCUACACUGGUAUUGCGUGAUCUGCGCUCUAGAAGAGAAUCCAGGAAUAUCUACAUGCAUCAUUCCUUAGGAAAUAUGGACCAAAGGACUACACGCUUUUUAAAAGAUUAUAAAUAUAUAUUUAAAAAAAAUCUCUUACCUUGUAGCUGCAAGUAUAAUGAUUACUAAUGUUAACUCUAGAAGAGAGUAAGUCUUUGGGUUUGUAUCCAGCAGCCUGUGUAAAGAAAUACUUUUUUGGACUUGCAUUAGAGAUGGAAUCGGUUAAACAGUAUGCUCUGGUAGCUUUUUUUCUGCACCGAGAUGUAGAUUAGAAGUUUAGAUUAUAGGAGUUGCUCAUUUUUCAUGUUUUUCUAUUUAUUUUUAUUAGAGAAGAUAAUACUUGAACUUGUAAAGAAUGAAGGAAAUGUACAACAAAGAGGCAAAGCUGUCCUGAUGGUCAGUGGGCCUCUUUCCUAAACAUGUUUGGCCGCUGGAUAAUAUCAUUCAUCUCUUUCUCCAUUCCACUGUUUGAUCGCUGUGGAAAAGUUUUUAGGAAGAACUGCAAAAAAAGAACCAGAACUAACAUGAAGUGUCUCAAAGUCUGUAUCUGACAAGCGACAAUCCACAAAGUGCAGGUUAUUGGACGUAGCAUGCUUCUCCUGGAAGCUUUUUGUACUCUGAAAGAAAACACUCAUUUCUGAUGUUCAGCAGACGUUAAUGAGACUCAACAAAGGAAGAGGUGGAGAGACGAAAGCUACUGAAACUGCCAAAUGAACAGAACUGAUGCACCACAAAAGGAAAGGGUGACAUUUUUGAUACUCAAUACCCCCUCAUUUAAUAAGAAGUAGGUCCAUUAGAAGUUCUGUUGAAAGCGCCUUGGAUAAUUAUUGGUUUGUUGAAGCCAUUGGCUGUUGCAAACUUCACAAAGCACUAAAAGCACUUGCAGGUGGUCUCAUAGAAAUUCCGUCCAGAACUGUUAAUGGCCAAUGCAAAUCCAAGUGCACUCACAGCAUUGCUUUAAGAACACGUAUAACUUUGGUGUAAUCCAGUGUAAAUGCCACAGUUUUAUCAUGCACUCUUGAACCUACCUAAAUAAUCAUCGGUGAUGGACUCAAACCAUCUGAACUUACCACAUCAUGAGUUACUGCCAGUCACAUUCAUGUAAACCGCAAUUGCACUUCGUGGUAGAAGAAUUUAGAAAUGUCCAUCAGUAAUCAUUAUUUGGAAAAAGAAGAGAUAGUCUGCCAAUCUUAUGACAAUUUCUGCAUAUACUCCUGAAGCUUCAGAUAAUACAUAAUUUUUAAAUCUUGAAUUGGCAUGUAAAUCACAUUUUCUUCCCUGCUAACAUGAAGAUCAAACCAGCCUACAGUAUUUAGCCCAUCUCAGCUGCCAACCAGCUCGUUUGCUCUGGUCUGGUUAACUUGCUAUUGCAUAGGCAACAUUCUACACCCAUCUGUGUGACUCUAGGCACCGUCUACACCAAUACAUUUUGAUUUUGCUACGUUUAAGCCUCUCAACCACACUAGAAGAGCAUUUCACUCCACUGAAAAUGGAGACUUACGAAAGUGAUGACGUUAGGAAACCGAAAAACUGAGUUUUUCAAACAAACGGAUUAUUGUAGUCAUGGCCUUAAUCUUCAAAGUUUGUACAGACAAUAAGAAAUAAAUGACGAAUCCAAUAAAACAUAUUAGCAUAUAGAUUGCAUGCUAUCUUGGCUAGAUUAGGCUUUUCAGGAAUACUGGACGAUGAAGCUCAAUAUAGUAUUGUUGUCAACAGUCAAUCAUUUUCAGUCAGAUGGCAUCAGUUUCCUCAGGCCUACUCAUAUUUUUGCACUUCACCUUGUGGGCAGAUCUUAUUUGCCUUGUUGACAAGUGAACAGGUCCUAAAAAUAAAAAUUUUGGCCACAAGAGAUCCUUUGACCUAGCCUUUCUAGAUGUUGUAAGAUUGGAGGCCUAUUACUUUUCUGUGAGUAGAUAUUAAGAUAUCGACAUUAUCCUCAUACUUCCAUCUUAAAGUUGAUCGUUCUGCUUACAUAGUGAACACAAAUUAUCUCAUGUCAUGGGCAGGUGCUUAUCUAGAUAGUAGGUGGGUAGAACUUGGAGUGGACAGAGAAAUAUAGGUGUCUAUGACCAAAUGUGACCUCUUAACCUUCAUGCCAGCAUAUGAAGCGUUGCUUUUAUCCUUUAAAAAUAAAACUCCCUCCAGGAUCUCAAAGGACCAAAACCAUGCAAUUUUGCCAUGCUGCCUGCCCUUGCAAGGUGAUGUUUGUCUUUUCUUUGUGCUAUGUAUGGAUAAACAUGCUUGACAAGAUAUUGUGGUAAUGGCCUGCCCAUGCGUGGAAUCAGAACAUUGUUUCAGUGCAGUUCAGCCCAUAUCUACAAAUUUCCAUGUUUGUGUACAGCUAAACUGGAAAAACUAUUCUGUGAACAAUUUACUGUCUCUCUUGAACAUUAUUUUUGGUUAAUUAUCCUUAUUUUGGUUCUGUGUUUUUCCUUUUUCUUACAUCAAAUUUUCACCAUUGUCACAAACUUUUGAAGUUAUUAUUGUAGUAGUGUUUUUUUUCUUAACUCUGUCCAGUCAUGAAAACACCAGCUUGCUGGAAUAUCUGCUAAAUCAUUACAAUUUGCACUAGUUAGAGCUUAAAUACUUGCCAAUGAGUUUUGUGUGACGGUCUUUCACAAAAGUACCAGGAUAAUAAUUUUGUAUGAAUAGAAUACGCAACAAAUUCCUGUCCCAGAAACAACUCCUCAAUAUUUCAUUACCUGUACUUGAAGUGAAUCCUUUAGAUGUCUUGUCUUGUCUGUAAGAUAAGGAGCUCACUAGGUUUGAAAGUGCCAAAUGAAAUUUCACGAGUUCAUUUUGCAGUUGUCUAAUAGCCUUAUUGUUUAUUCAUAUAUCCAUCAUUUUUAUUUUAAUAAAAACAUCUCAUGUUUGGUUACCCUCUGCUUAGAAAAAAAUCAGAAUGUCAGCAAAGCACACAGAUUAUUCUUAGGCACUAAAAUAGUUUUGCUAAAGCACAGUAUUUAAAUGAGUCCAAUGCUCACAAUAGCUGUGCAGUUGACACAAGUACAUUUCCUCCAAAAUCUCCAUUGUAGUAUCAAAUGCUGUUUUUCAGUGUGGUAUGGUUCAGUUAAAAUGAAGCCAGAACCCCCUGCCAAGUGUCUGGGUUAAAGUACCAUAUAACUGUAGCAUGCAACUAGACACCAGAGGAACAUGCUAAAUACAUCAGUGUUAAAUCAAGUGUUGUCCUAUCAAGGCUAAUCCUCUUGCUUCAGUUCCCAAAAGAUGGCAUGUAACAGGCAGGGAACAUUAGGGCACCUACACCGAAAUCGUUACUAGUUUAUGGUGUGGAUCCCUUGAUUUCGCUAGGACACCGAGGAAUACACGAGGGUUUUCGAAAGUGCCGUCAUGUGACCAAACGUUUAAGCUUUUGAUGUAGGCAUCCAUUGACCAAUGAGAGUUUCAGAGAUUAAGGGUCUAGUUGUGCUUUCGGAAAUCCAAUCCUCCGUAUUCCUAAUUAAAAAAUUAUCUGUGUAAGCAUCCUUUGAAUCAGAAAUAGGUUGCAAAGAGAAGAGAGAGCUUCUGUGUUUAGUAUUUUUCUUCUAUUAGUCUCAGUGCCAACAUUGUUAAAAGUGAGGAACAUAAAAUCUAUGAGGUCCAGUUCAUCUGUAUCGAGUUUGUGUACUCGUCAGAGAGAUGAGCUGUUGUUUAAUUGUAUUUCUGUCAAGUGUACCAUUCUUUGUUUGUUAGCCAGAUCUGUGCAUUUGAAUUUGGGCUCUUCUCCAUUCUCCAUUUCCAACUGCGUUGCAUUGGAGAGGCAUGCGGCAUUUGUUAAGUGGCCGAUUGGGGUUCAUUAAGGGGCUGCGGAAGUGUAGAACGUUCCGGAGCAAAGAGCCCAUCUUCUGCGGAUGCCUUCAGGGCUUGAUACUCCCCCCCCAAAAAUAGCAGCGAUAGUCAAGGAAAGGAAGUCAAAUGUAAUUGACUAAAAGUCAAGAAUUAAUUAAAGGAAUCUUUUAGACAGGGAAAAAUGAAUGCUCCUCGUUUAAUAGUUUAGAUUUUUUUUAUUUUUUUGUAAAAGGGGAUGAUCGAUAUUUCGCUGAAUAGCAAACGGAAAUGAGAUUGUAAAGAGCAUUAGAAAUGCAUGCAGGCGCUAAACCUGAAAGGCCACAGGUCUUUUUUUAAACUCUCAGGGCAUCAGUGUCAAUGAUGUCAUGGUUUGUGAAACCUCUUGGGUGCCUGACACAUCGUCCAAGCCUUUACAAUGCAGUAUGUCAAACAAACUACAGCAAAUGCCGGUUGGAAUUAAAAGAAGUGCAAUGUAGAGUGAUCUAUGACUCAACUUCAUCAAACAGUGGCUUUAUUUUGCAGUAUGAAAUGCAUCAGAGAGCAUGCUUUGAUCUUCUGCAGAAGUUUGUGUGAGGGGAAAAAAGCAAGCAAUUGCAGAAUAUGUGCAAUCAUGUCUGACAACAAAGCUACGAUUCAAAUCAAAGCAAAAAAGGCAAUUGUUUUGUAUUCCUUCAUGUUUUAAAAACAAGAUAGCUAGCAAACACUACAGACUUUGCUCCGUUAGCUUAGCUUCGUCAAGCGUGUUGUUAAUAUAAUCUAAAUAGAUUGUAGCACAGGGUGGGAGGAGGGGCUAUUGGGGUAACUUUUGACUUUGUUCCCUGGUCAUUUUGACUUAUUUUUAUGUAUUAUAGUCCAGGUUCAGAGAUAGAUGAAUCUAGUUAGUUAAGCUUUUCUACCCUGCCAGGAGUUACAUUGAAGUUUACAUUUCGCAUAUUGGGAGAUGACGGACGUCUGAAUAGAAAGCAGCCCUAUAGCAGCGAGUUUGGUCUACUAGGAAGCCAAGGGUACUUUAAAGGAAUAAUUCACUUAAACAUGAGAAUUCUAUCAUAAUUUUCUCACCCUCAUGACUUCCUUUCUUCUGUGAAACACAAAAGGAAAUCUUUAGCAGAAUGUCUGUGCUUCUGUUUUCCAUACAACAAAAGUAGAUGUUGAUUUAUACUGACAAGCUCUGAAAAGGACAAAAAAGCACCAUGAAACAUCUCCUUUUAUGUUCCAGAAAGAAAAUCACAUGGAGUCAGAACAACAUGAGGAUUAAUAAAUAAUGAAAGAAUUUUCAUUUCUGGGUGAACUAUACCUUUAAAACACAGACAGAUCUGUUCCAGCAUUCAAUAGCAUCAUCCUGCAGUCUGUCAUUCCUCUGUGUACCCAUGAUCCUCUUGUACAUACCAUAUAGCUUAUUUUUCAAUUCUGUUUCAUCUUUAUAGAAUAGAUAACGUUUAAAGAGAUCACAGACAAAGAAAGAAGUUGGAAUAAAGACAAUUAAUAAUUAAUAUAUUUCACUAAGGCUAAGAGAGGAAAACUAUAAAAAAAAAUUAAUGAGUAUUGCAGAAAAAUGAUUUUUAUUUCUUGUGUCUUUGAGGCACUAAUAUUAGAAUGAUUUUCAUAUUCAUAAUGGGAAAUGGUUGUUUAUUCUUUGAAUUAUAUUAUAUACAUUUUAUUUUACACAUUUUAUUUAAGUUAAAGCUGUAGUUUAUCUGAAUCAUCAGUGUGAUUUGGUUUUUGAACAUUGGUACCAUGACAUUAGUUCCUCCCAGGUACACUGUGUCCUAACUAGGCGUGAUGCAACAAAAAUAGAAAUCAAGCAAUCGACAAAAUGUCCUGUUGCGCUCACAGUUGGUUAGGGUGAAAACGGCUUUUAUCGCUUCUUUAUUGCGUCGUGCCUGGUUAGGACAAGGUGUAACGUCUAACAGCCGUUUAGUGAAGAAAGCUCAUGCACUGCAAAUGAGAGUUUGUACGAGAUGAUGUUUGGGGCCAUGUGGUUUUACAUCAAUAUAUCAUCUGCAAAAAUAAUUUCUGUAAAAGAUUUCUCAUUUGAAAAUAUUCUGUUCUUUUGGGAAAAACAAUUUGAUACCAGAUAUUUGCCUUGAAACUGUCUUUAUUCUAUUAUGUUCAUGUCUUAAUUUUGAAGGGAUGAUUAUUUAAAAACAUGCACAUUCACUCUUUCUUCAUAUGAAAUGAACUGAUGAAAUUGAGUUACUCAUAUCUCUCAUUGUUUAAUGUGCUGGUCUUGUUUUUAUUUUUAUGAUUGUUGAUAACGGAGCAAUGAGAGAGCGAUUUGUGCCAACAACACUGAACAUCAAUGUCCUCUGAGAGGUGAAUGCCUUCAGCUAUGCCUAACCUGCUCUAAAUCACUAACCUAAAUGCACGUGCAGUUAUAUGCCAUGCCUCUUACAGUUUGAAGUGAAUGAGGCUUCAAAAUAUAUAGAUAUAAAGAGCCUCAGAUGCGGAUAUUAAUGAGGCCAAAUUUCCAAAAAACCAUGUGUCUUACAAUAUGAUAAUCAUAGCUUAAUGGAAUAGUUUACUCAAACUAAAUUCUGUCUUUGAACUACAUGAGAGUGAGUAAAUAAACAUGUAUGCUGUUGCUUUUUUCCUUGGAACACAAAAGGAGACAUUUUUAAGAAUCUUCAUGCAGCUCUUUUCCAUAUGAUAGUUUAUGGUGACCAUAUUUGUCAAGCUUCAGAAAUGACAAACUCUGCAAAACCACCAUAAAAGUAUCAUAACUGUUAUGGCCAUACAACUUGUGUGCUGUAUUCCAAAUUGAUAAUGAGAAUGAGCUCACAAAGCCUGAAGGGGAUGAUUUUUGGUGAAUAACAUCUUAAAUUUCACUCCGUUCCUUCCGUAAAGCUAUUGUAUGACUUCAGAAGAUUUGGAAAAUAGUGCAAGAGUCAUUUGGCCAUUUUUGGAGCUUGACAGACAUUGCCACUAUAAAAACAUUUAAAAAAAAAACUAUGACAGAAAAAUGACAGGAUACAAGUUUGGAGCAACAUGAGGGUAAGAAAAUGAUGACAGAAUUUUCAUUUUUGGUGAACUAUUCCACCUAAGAUGUCAUUGAAUAAACAUAAAUUGGCUGUGUUGAUGUUUUUGAUGUGAAUAUGUUCUCAUCUUACAUGGGCUUUAUUUGCAUAUUUCUCAUUUACUGCCCAUACUGUUUGGACCAAACUGACAUGAGGAGCCGGGUACUAAUCCAUUCAUGGUGAUCGCAAUGGUUUUUAAUUCAAAAUCAGACAGAAUCUCUCAAAGACUCUUGCAGCAGAGAGACAACAUUCUCAGCUUGACUCUUAUCGCUGUUUCAGUUCUUUUAUGCCAUUUUGUAAUCUUUGGGUUCACAUAUCAGAAUUGCUGACAAAGAUAUCUUGUCUAUUCAUUUGUAUCUCUUUUGAGUUGAAAUGAAAUAUCUUUCUAAUCUUUGGGAAAAAAAAAAAAAAAAAGUUUACUUGAAGAGACUAAAGUUUUUGAUCAUGCUGUCUUUUGUUUCUGAAGCAGAACUGUAAGAUAGUUAGGGCUCAGCCCAGUUUCCCCUCCCUGCUCAUGAUCUCUGUAGCUCUAGACGGUUAUAUUCUGCUUAGACUCUAAAUAAAGCACAGUCCAGUAGAGCA